GUUAUUGGCUGGAGCCCCCGCCCAGGGCGAGGAGGAGAAGGAGGGGCAGGAGGGUUUGGUUGAGCUGCAGCUGUUUGUCUGUUCGACACAGGCUUGGGGCCGACGGGGGAGACGGAGCCCCAGGACUGUUGAAGCCUGGAAGUCCCCUCCCCUUCCCCCUUCCCCCUUUGUGGUAUCCCCCUCCCUCCACCCUUUCCCACUCUGAUAAUCUGGCCAUGACUAGCAGAAGCACAGCCAGGCCCAAUGGGCAGCCCCAGGCCAGCAAAAUAUGCCAGUUCAAAUUGGUCCUGCUGGGAGAAUCUGCAGUGGGGAAGUCAAGCCUGGUAUUACGGUUUGUCAAAGGGCAGUUCCAUGAGUACCAGGAGAGUACCAUUGGAGCGGCCUUUCUCACCCAGUCCGUUUGUCUAGAUGACACAACAGUCAAGUUUGAGAUCUGGGACACAGCUGGGCAGGAGCGAUACCACAGCUUAGCCCCUAUGUACUACAGGGGUGCCCAAGCUGCAAUCGUGGUUUAUGACAUUACUAAUCAGGAAACCUUUGCCCGAGCAAAGACAUGGGUAAAGGAACUACAGCGACAGGCAAGUCCCAGCAUCGUUAUUGCCCUGGCGGGGAACAAAGCUGACCUGGCCAACAAGCGCAUGGUGGAGUAUGAAGAGGCCCAGGCAUAUGCAGAUGACAACAGCUUAUUGUUUAUGGAGACUUCGGCCAAGACUGCUAUGAACGUGAAUGAUCUCUUCCUGGCAAUAGCUAAGAAGUUGCCAAAGAGUGAACCCCAGAAUCUGGGGGGUGCAGCAGGCCGAAGUCGGGGUGUGGAUCUCCAUGAACAGUCCCAGCAGAACAAGAGCCAGUGUUGUAGCAACUGAGGGGGUGGCUAGCAGCAAACGAGUAUGGAGCUAGCACGAGAGCUAAGAAAUAACCUCCAUCCCCACCCCUCAGCACACAGCCCCUACGGUAACAGCACACUGAGCCCUGGCUCCCAAGGGCUGCCCUCCUGACAGCUCCGUCAUGGCACUUUUUAACGCUUCAGCAACCAACACCAGGCAGCUGUUGCCACAGGCCUCCUACCCCCUACUCUGGGGCUUGGGGGUCAACUCCCCCCAGGACUUACCUCCCAAAACAAACUUUCUUCACUUUGUAUUAUAGGUGCAAGACAGUGACCUACUUAUCUUUUCUCCUUCUCCCCAGUGUUCCUCCUCAUUUUUUCAGAAAACACUUUCAUCUCCUGCCCCUUCCCCCUCCUGCUUUUGGUCAGUCCCUAUUCUUGAUCCUGUUUUCCUCCUCUCCCCAGGAUGGAGAAGGUGGUGAACUCAAGAACUAAGGAAGGAGGUUUCCAGUUCAGUUACAUUAAAGGGCCCUGGGCGAGAAUAAAGCUCAGAGCAGGAGGAAGUAAGGAAACAUUUCUUUUUUGUUUUUAUUGGGUUGGAGUUUCUCAUAUUUGAAAACACUGCGGUAUCCAUGAGUCAGCCUUGUGGAGGGUAUUUCUAGGUAGAGGUGAGAAUGGGGAGGCAAGCUUUCAGGCACCAGGUGGGUGUUAUGUUGUUAGCUAGCUAGGUGGAGGUGGAGGUACAGUGUCAUCUGUGGCUCUGGAACUCUUCCAAGGCCCAGUUGGCACACCCAGCCUCUUAGGUUGCUUCUGUCCUAUAGUGGGGAUUGGACCCCAGAGUCCUCCAAAGAAUCUUCACUGGUUGCCUGCGUCUUUGGCUCUGCUGUGAUAUAAUUGGAGGAGGGACCAGUUUCUGAUAUCCAUCCUCUGAUUUAUACAUAUGCAUUUUCCCCCCUCUGGCCUUUAGAUGGUCUCAGCCCCAGCCACCAUAUCCCCCUG